GGAGUGACGACAACUUUCCCUGUUUGGUUUCUUUGGACGUUAGGUAGGAAGGAUAUGAGGGACAGACGAGAGAGGGAAGCGAGGAGGAGAGAAAUCUGUCUGGAGAGGUGCUGUGUUGCGAUAGCGCACGCAUAACAUAAGGAGACGAGCUCUGACUAUGUUCUCUGCAGAGGAGACGUUCGUGAUCGAGGCGGCUGGGGUUCUCUGCUCCCCGGGCUGCCUGCGGAGCUUGUGGCCGUCUGUGAUCGGACCCAACGCGGACUGGGGUUGAAUGAUGCGCGCGUACGGGGGAUGUCUUUUUUGUUUUGUUUUUUUGGAGGGGGGUAAGAAGAGGAUCGAUAGGAGCGCAGAGAAGGAGAGGACGCAUAAUACAGGAGUAACGUUAUAGGAUUACAACGUCAACAAGGUGCCUGAGUGUGGAUUUAAAACACAAGUGGCGUGGAUGUUGUGCUGUUUUUUUACGCCUUUGCGCACUGCUUGAAAAAGGUGGCACUGAAGUUUGCUGCGUUCAACAGACGCACAGUAACGCACGGGACAAUGAAAUCACGUUUUGGAACUUGAAACUUUACUUUGGCUGCAGUUGUGAGACUUUUAAGGCAACAGUUCAAACUGGAAAUCUUGAACCAAGCUUAUGGCAUGAACUGUGGCAAGUUUAUAUUACUUUUUUAUGUUAAAACAACUUAGAUGUCAUUCUUUUCCCUCAAAGACUAACUAGACUGGGCUUUAAUUUUGCUUCAUAACCUUUUCAUGUUUUGUGCUACAUUUUUGACAACAUUAAGUGCGCAUAUCUGUACCAUAGAUAGGUCACUAAACUUUAAAGAGACUAAACAAGUUUUCAAAAAUCACCAUGUUCCACCAUUUAUUAUCUACUGCAACUUUGAUCUCUCAUUACAGGACAUUGCAAUGACUUACAAAGAUGUUUUUAUGUAAAAUUACCAACAAGAAGUGUACAAACAUGGCUGUUGGUACCUUGAUAUGUUUUCUACUUUUUCUGCCAAAUUUCACCGUCGCCUCCGGUUUCUCUGGGGUCUUCUUCAACACGACCGACCAGGACAUUCUGACCGACAACUUCCUCCCUGCCAAACCCGCACCGGAGAAAACACGCUCCUCCGAUUCCCACCCGAACCUGUACUUUAACCAAGCCGAUGUUCCACAUUUGAGGCAGAAAUCAGCGACCACCCACAGCCACAUAUUCAAAGUAAUCCGAGCGGCAGUCCUGACCAUGCUGUCCAACAUUCCGUACUACAUGCCUCCCGCAAAACACGAGGAAUUUACCAGCAAGUGGAAUGAGAAUUACGGCAAUGAUCUACCACCGUUGGCGCUCUAUUGCUUGCUGUGCCCGGAGGAUAGUUCCGCCCUGCAGUUCCUUAUCAAGUUCAUGGACAGAAUGGCGGCGUAUCCCGAUUGGAAAGUUACCAGCGCGCCGAACGAUGAGGUCCCAGCCGCGCACUCCCUCACCGGAUUUGCGACUGCUUACGACUUUAUUUACUCUUUCCUGGACGAGCGCCGGCGAGAGAUUUACCUCAAAAAGAUCCGGGCGGAGACGGAGGAGCUGUAUGAGCUGUCCAAACACAGAGCAUGGGGGAAGCAGUACCUUCAGAAUCACCAGACGACCAAUGUGCUGGCUAUACUCACAGGUGCAAUCGUGGUGGGUUCACAUGACAACCCAGAAUCGAUGAUGUGGAAACAAGUGUCUGUCAACUACAUGGAGAAGACCAUGUUUCUGCUGAAUCACAUCGUAGACGGCUCCCUGGACGAAGGAGUGGCCUACGGGAGCUACACAGCCAAGUCUGUCACCCAGUACGUCUUUUUAGCCCAGCGCCAUUUCAACAUUGACAACACUCCCAACAACUGGCUGCGGGCACACUUCUGGUUUUACUAUGCCACACUGCUGCCCGGCUUCCAGCGAACAGUUGGCAUAGCAGAUUCCAACUAUAACUGGUUUUAUGGUCCCGAAAGCCAGCUUGUUUUCCUAGAUACAUUUGUGAUCAAAAACGGCACAGGGAAUUGGCUGGCUCAACAGAUAAGAAAGCAUAGGCCAAAAGAUGGACCCAUGGGACCCUCCGCGGCGCAGCGCUGGGCCACCCUUCACACAGAGUUCAUUUGGUUCAACCCACACCUCUCGCCACAGCCCCCACACGGCUAUGGAAGACCAAGGAUGCAUAUAUUUUCAAACUGGGGUGUGGUGACCUAUGGCGCAGGGCUGCCAAUUUCACAGGGUAACACUUUUGUCUCCUUUAAAUCUGGCAAGUUGGGUGGCCGUGCUGUUUAUGACAUAGUCCACGACAAGCCUUACUCUUGGGUGAAUGAUUGGAAUAGUUUCAACCCGGGUCACGAGCACCCAGAUCAGAAUUCGUUCACAUUUGCCCCCAAUGGACAGGUUUUUGUUUCCGAAGCACUUUACGGCCCUAAAUAUAGUUAUCUGAACAAUGUUUUGGUUUUUGGUCCUUCUCCUACUAGCCAGUGCAACAGUCCGUGGGAGGGGCAGCUGGGGGAGUGCGCCAAGUGGUUGCGAUGGACUGAUGAAGGGGUUGGAGAUACUAGGGGAGAAGUGGUAGUUGCCACUUCUCACUACGACACUAUGUUUGUAAGUGGAGAGGCUGUAAAUGCUUACUCCGCUGCCAUGAGACUAAAAAGCGUUUACCGCGCGCUAGUCCUGCUGAACUCUCAAACACUUUUAGUCGUCGACCAUGUUGAAAAGUUCCCGGACUCCCCCAUAAAUUCCUUCAGCGCUUUUUUCCACAACCUUGACAUUGACUUCAAGUACGUCCCCUUUAAAUUCAUGGACAGGUAUAACGGCGCCAUGAUGGAUGUGUGGGAUGCUCAUUAUAAAAUGUUCUGGUUUGACACGCAGGGUCACAGUCCAGAUACCAGAAUACAAGAGGCAGAGCAGGCGGCUGAGUUUAAAAAGAGGUGGACCCAAUAUGUCAAUGUCACUUUUUCAAUGACAAACACUGUCGCUAGGGUAGCCUAUGUAAUGCAUGGCCCCUAUGUCAAAGUAUCCAACUGUAGAUUCAUAGACAAUGGCCUUAACGGAGUCAGACUUUCCAUAGUGAUCAAUAACACUGAAAAUAUUGUUUCUAUAGCAACUAACUACAAAGAUAUAGGCACAAGGUUGAGUUAUUUAGGAUUUGGAGGGCAUUGUAAAGUGGAAGACUCCUAUCAAGUGACAAGAUACGGCCUCGGAACGCAACUCAUUCCGAAGCAAAUGAGCAGCGAUAAUCAGCUGUUUGAUUUUGUGUUUACAGUGAACGUUAUAGCCGGAGUGGUGCUGUGCGUAGCUGUAGGAUUUCUCACCCUGCAGAGAAAGUUUUAUGUGUGCUUCAGCAGACUUAUGCGCUAUGCCCUCCUCUGCGUCCUCGUUCUAUGGAUAGCUGAGUUGUUAUUUGUUUCCAAUAGCUGCGAUAAGCUUCUUUGCGGGGUCAAAUGGAAAGGAACGGACCCGCAAAACGAAGUCAACAAGCAAAUCAGACAGUACGAGCAACAGCGACUGCCUCUCCCCAACGUCCUCAUCACAGCUCUGCCCGGUUCUGGCGCGGAGAUUCUCAAACAUCUUUUUUACAACAAUUCCGAUUUUGUUUACAUUCGUGUUCCGACGGAGCACUUGGACAUCCCAGAGACGGAGUACGAAUUUGACUCUCUGGUGGAUGACUGUGAGUGGUCGAAGUUGGAUGCUAUUCAGGGGCGCUUUAAAAUGAUCCAAGGCUGGCUUCACUCGCUAGUCUAUGGCAUUAAACUCCACUUGCAAAAUAUUCAGCUAGUGGAGGAUAGCAGAAUAACAAGAAUGAAAAGUGUCAAUAUUGUAAAGGAUAAGAAGAAACGUUUUAGGAGACGAGAAGUGGCGUCAGAGUUAAGGGGAAAACUCAAAGCAAAUUUAGACAGGGAUGUGGAAUAUAUUCGAGAUUUGAGACGUCAUGUCGCGGAAUACCCAAGCGCCCGCAUUGUGCUCUUUUUACGAAGUGGGAGUUGGCCUCUCAAAGUUCCGUUCAUCCAGGAAGUAGUCGGACCCUCUUUGCGGACAAUCUAUUUAGUGAGAGACCCCCGGGCGUGGAUUUAUCUAAUGCUAUACAACAGUAAACCUAGCCUUUAUUCGCUCAAGAACAUCCCACAACACCUUUCUUUGAUAUUCAAGGAGGAUUCUGUCAGGGAUGGGUGCCCAGCUGUGGCGCCAGAGUUUAAAAUAAUCCGCAGGUUACUCGCCCGUUCUGAGAAAAACCCCGUCAUGAUCCUCGCGCACCUGUGGCUAGCUCACACCGCGGCCGCUCUAAGGGUGAGCCGCACUGUCCCGCAAGACUCUUACCUCCACGUGAGGUUCGAAGACUUAGUCAACUACCCCCAGGAAACAGCAGAGACCAUUCAUUCCUACCUGGGGGUGCCUCUGUCGCCCGCUGCCCUGAAUCAACUCAUGUUUACUACUUCGACGAACCUGUACAACUUGAUGUACGAAGGAGACAUUUCGCCGGCUAACAUCAACGCGUGGAGAAGUAACAUGCCCCGAAAAGACAUAAGGAUUGUAGAGGACGUGUGUGGGGGGGUCAUGAAGAGGUUGGGAUACUUAAGGUGACUUAACCGCUGCUGGUCAGCUCUGGGGCUCCUGUUUACUGUAGCUUUCAGUCUGUUACUUUGGUUUAUUUGCACUGACCUUACAUUUGAAGGUAGCAUAACUGUCUUGGAUGUAUGUGCGUAAAUAUGUGGUGCCGACAACUGUAUGGAGAUAGAUUUGUGCCAAAAAUACAACACGAGUUAUCAGAUUAUAUUGAAUUGUUUUAUUGCACAGUGAAACAUUUGGACUAAGUAUAAAUUAUUUAAAGAGAUGCAUUAUAAAAGAUUGGAAGUGGAUUCGCCGUGCAUUAAAACAAAGUGAAUGGAACUGGUUGGACAGCCAUAUAAAGUAAGGUUAUUUUGGGCCACUAGACCUAAUUUCAGUGCGGAUUAAAAAUUAAUGCGACAUUUAAGCUUAGUGAUCACAUAUUAAUCACUAUCUAAGAGGUAAUUGUAUGCUAGUUAGUAGUUAUCCAGCUAUUAGUUAGAAUUAAAAAUACAUGUGCAAUUCUAAUAAUGCUGAAAAAUGCUAAUCUAAGUUUUUAUGGUCAGAAAUAGUUCAGGGCUGAAUAUGAAAGUGCGGCCAUGGACACAAAGCAAAACAUAAAGCACUUAAUAUGCCUUUUACUAUAAUGUAUGUGGUGUUAAAUGUUAUCAAAAAUAUACACUCUUUAUGGCUGUCUAUUCAUUCACAAUUCCAAAUCUACACAAACGCAUUACGCAUAUAUAUUCCCAAAGUUAACAAUUGUUUUUAUUACAACAAAAAUGAGUUUCUAAAUGUGCUUUUUCAAAUUGGCAAACUGUCUCCAACUCAAAUUUGCAAAGACUAUACGUUCGAUUUCCACUGGUUGCCUGUUGACUUCUAAUUCCAAAAGAAAGAGUGGUUAAUGUAACAGUUUUCUCUUCACAUCGCAUCUAACUUGUUCAAAAUUUGGCACACGUCUGUUUCCAUGAGUCUGUAGCAGCUGUUUUAGAGGACUAUUUUACAUUAAAAUGAGUGGAGGAGGUGAGGGUGGACGAGAAGCACUUGUGUUAUUAUUUUUGUCCCUUAGUCGCCCUUCACACUUUUACUUGUGGCACUCUGUUACUGAGUGAGACCUGUGUUGGCAUUAUGAAUAUAAAACAUGGCUAUUACAAUGGGCAACGGAGGCUAUAUAUUUUACACAGCUUCCCUCGCUUGGUACAAUGUGGCUACGUUUGUGGCUAUUGGUUUUGAAAUGAUAUUGAUGUUGGGAAAAAAGAAAAAUUAAAUCUGGGACAUGUUUUCAACGUGCAGAUAUAUAGAAUGAAAAACUAAACAAAUGAGUAACUAUAUAUAAUCAAAUACGUUGAAGAAGAAGAAGAGCUUUAAUGGUUAAUAAUUCUAAAUUCAUAAGAGUUCACCUAUUGAUACUUUGCGGCGACAUCAGGGGGAGGGGAUGUUCAGCAGUUACCAUGCAUUAGCGUUAGCAAACACAACGUGAAGUUUUUAGACUGUCUGAAAACUACAAAAUUUAUUGAAUCAACACAGCUUGGGCGAUUCAAACAUGCAUGAUCCAGUUUCGGUAAUUAAAAAAAAAACAGUUGGCUAAUGCUAUUUUACUUGUGACUGUAAUGCUAUUUCAGAGGGACCUGUUGUUGUUCUAACUCAGUUCAGUUCUUUCUGGUCAGAUUGUGUUAAAACAAACCUCUGAUUAAAGUCUAACUUGAGUAACAGCGCUUCAGACAGAGCAGAGCCUCCAGUUAGCAUCAAACCCCCUUUUAAUUUUGAUGACAUUAUCUGCAAAGUAUCAAUAGAGCUUUGACAUUGUACAAUUUUUGGCAUUGGUUUACAAUUUUGGCAAUUUUGGUUUAAAUUGUUAGAUGUCUGAUUGUUCCCUUUAAAAUGUUAACUAUGCUGCAAUGUACAGAACACAAAUUAUUACAACUGUGGUUUACCAUUGCUGUUAUGAAGUGUUAUGAAUGGGCCUAGCAUUUGCAGCUUUCCAUGUAUUAGCUUAGUGCAUUUUAACAGGGGCUUUUUGAUUGUAUACGGGAGUUAGCGCAUCUCCCCCCAAGCUAACUUCUAGCACGUAAACCUCAAAAGAUCUUAAAUCCUUUUGAAAAAGUGCAAAGAAGAAAGUUAGAACUAUUUAUGGUUUCCAAAGACACGUAUCCCAAAGGAUCACAAAUGAUUAUUCCAUCUCCCUCCGGCAAUAUUGAAUUAAAUGAGAGGAAUGUGCUUAAUAGGGAUCAAAGUAGGGAGAAAAACUGUCACAUUUUUACACAUUUUGUCAUCAGAGUAAUUUCCGAACAGGCCCUGAAGCAACUAAUCUGCAAAUGCUACAACUUAGCAUAGCUGUUUUAUUGCUAUCUCCGCUACUUAAGAGCCUCAAGGGAAUCGCAAAUGGCACUAGCUCCCAUUUAGCUGCCUUGAUAAUCAGAUAUACAGUGAUGUUUUGGGAUUGUGUCACGUAAAUGUAUGUUGACUGAAAUGUGUUAUGGUCUAAUAUAGAUUUAUACAUUUAUUGAAAGUUAAAUGACGUUAUGCAAAGAUUAUAUUGAUUGACAGUGAGAUACAUGAAAAUUUUUUGGGGUGCUUUACUUUCAGCUUAUUCUGACAAUGCUAAAUGGCUACGUGUAAAAAGGUUUGUCCAGCUUUUGUUCGGUAUGGUGCAAUUACUGGGGGAUUUCGAUUGAUACUACAAAAUUUUGGAUCCAGACAAUGAGGAACACAUGUUGGGUUAAAAUACUAAAACGGAUGUGCUUUGCCAACAUUUUCACAUGUGCAAUUUGGAUUUUGUUGUUUAGUCGAACUUAUCUGACACUAUAACUACAUUUUGCUUGUUUACCGUUACUCUACAUUCAUUAUAAAGUAAAAGAACCAACCUAGCAUACCAUACCUAUCCAAGCCUUCACGGCAAUCACUGUAACGUUCUGCUUAACGUGUACAAAUAAGCUAUGUCUGUCUAAUUCAAACCCCAAUUGAGUUAACAGGAGGUAUAUUUAAAACAUUAGAAAUCAGUUUUGCAUUAUGUACGACUUUGUAUUACAUGAAAAUACAACGUAACUGUGAUUUGCUCUCAAGCUAGCCAUACCAACCAGUUUCAAUAUCAAAGACCAUUCCAUUCAUAAGAUGCGCCAACGUACUAUGGCCCCAUUUGAAACCAUCUCUCGUGCAGUGUUCCUUUGUUGUUUCUUUUAUUUAUUUAGUUAGUUUUAUUUUCUCUAAACCCUCACAGCCUGAAGAACAUGGCAUCUGAUGUCCGUGGUCUCUGGAUGUGGAGACUUGGAAGACAUGCUUUGACUUUGGUGUUGCAAUCCUGUUUUUUCCCCGUUUGCUCAUGGGGCUAUGGUUCCUUGCUUUUGUGGCCUUGGAUUACAAUCAUUUUUGUUUGGGGGAAAUGUUGGGGAGGUUUUACUGUAGGUGUCGGAGCUGCUGGUGAAGAUGCAAUGGAAAAAUAAAUUUGUAAAAAGA